AUGGAAGUUCCUGGAUCGCCUUCUAUGGGGCUUGGUUUCGCACCAGUCAGUCAGCCCUUGGUUAAAUUGUUCAAAGAUUUCGAAAAUUACCAUGGUUUUGGAACUCAAAGAACCCCGAAGAAAAGCAUAUCUAUUCCGCAACGUUCUGAAAGUGUUGUUUAUCGCUCGUUGAUAACGAUUGCUUCAGAGUCCCUUACUCGCGAGAGCGCUGUUUGCACCGAGUAUACUGUUGAGUAUUUGGCCGAUUUGUUAAAGGAGAAGAAGCAGCUUGAUGUCUUCCCUCAAGCAUUUCGGAACAUUGAACGUCUUGUUAACGAUGAAAUCGCGCGUGUUCGUGCAGCGCUUUUCCAGUGCCAUUUCUCGAUCAAAGAAAUGGAUCUUCCAGAACCUGAAGGUGAAGAAAUAACCGUUCAAGAAAAGAUUUAUGUUCCUCGCAAGGAGCAUCCUGAUUUCAAUUUUGUUGGUCGCAUUUUGGGACCUCGAGGUAUGACUGCGAAACAGCUUGAGCAGGAAACUGGGUGUAAGAUAAUGAUUCGUGGCCGUGGCUCCAUGCGUGAUCGUAAGAAGGAAGAAAUGAAUCGUGGUAAGCCUAACUGGGAACACCUUGAUGAAGAGCUUCACGUAUUAGUUCAGUGCGAAGAUACCCCUAACCGUGUUUAUAUUAAAGUGAAAGCUGCAGCUGACGAAAUUAGAAAAUUACUUGUGCCAGCGCCAGAAGGUACGGACGAACUUAAAAGAAAACAGCUAAUGGAACUAGCUAUUAUUAAUGGCACAUACAGGCCAAUAAGCAAAUACUCAAUGUCAUGUGCACGUCUGUUAACUCCAAUGACACUUCUAUCACCUAUUCGUCCCGCCAAUACUGCAAUGGCUCCACCACCUAUCUUUGUUUCUCCCACUGCGAGCCCGAUUACGCCUGGCACGAACGUUGGUGGUUCUUCAACUGUUAACACAUACUUGCAAUCUCCAAAUCUUGAUUACAACAUGAUGAUGAAUCAAUUAUCUCUGGAUGGACCUCUUGCUUCCGUUCCGCUAGAAUUUCAGCAGCAUAACUCACCGUUUCCUUCUGGCACUUCACUUGCUGCUCCCGCCGCUGUACCCAAAAACUUGCAGCAUUACUUUAUUGACCCGAUGCCGAUUACUCCUCCUGGCUCGACAGGUUCAGACCGUCGUUGA